CUGCUCAUUUAUGUGAGAUGACUCCAUCAGUAGAGGUUACAACAGGAGACAACAAUGCUCAAGAGGAGAUGUUUCGUGUGGCAGGUCCAUUGCAUGAAAAUUAUUCACAUUUGGUGACCUAGGAACUUCCAAAAUGGGAGAAGGCAGCGGGUCCUCAAAACGAAGUGCGCUAGAAUUUUUUUUGUGUUGAUGAAGAUUCUUUGACCUUUUGGAAGGAAAUAUCUCUUUUACAAAAAUAACAUCGCAAGAAGUAAAUAUGUUUUCUACAAAAAUAACUUCCAAAAUGGGAGAAGGCAGCGGGUCCUCAAAAGGAAGUGUGCUAGAAAUUGUUUUGGUGUUGAAGAAGAUUCUUUGACCUUUUAGAAGGAAAUAUGUAUUUUACAAAAAUAACAUCGCAAGAAGUAGUUAUCUUCGAGUUUCCAAAUCAUAGAUACAUCAACCUUUAUGUGAAGCCGGAUAAUCUAAGUAAACACUGGGUCUGCCCUUGUCGGCAAACUUAUCUAGUCCAUGAUGAGUAUCUCUCACAUAUUCUAAACAUCCAAAACUCCAAAGAUGAUCAUAUAUGGGAAUCUGACCCCUUAGAACCUCAUGUGGUGUUUUCUUCAGAAUUGUUAUGAAGGGUAGUAGAGUGAAUAAAUAUGUUGUUUUAAGAAUACAUUCACCUCAAAGGUAGAUAGGUAAGGGGGCAUGAAAACAUAAUGUCCGAGCUGUCUCGAGAAGAAGAGAUUGAUGUUUACGUUCCACAAUGUCAUUUUGUUGUGGUGUAUCAGUACAAGUGGUUUGGACAAUGAUGUCAAGAUCCUCAUAAAAUUGAUGUAAAAUAUUAGUUUGGAACUCAUUGUUGGUUUAAAACCUUUGUACUUGCUGAUGGAAUUGCAUGUGUACUAGCUGGGUAAACAUUUUCAAGUAUCAUUCAACCUUUGGCCUUUUCGAAGUAAAUAAACCCAAAAAACCCUAAUAAAAUCAUCUACCAGGGUAAAGAAAUAUCAUGAACCAUCUAUAGAAGGGUGUCAAUAACCACCACAAAUAUCAAGAUGAACCAAUUCAAAACAUCUUUGAGUUUUGAUGGUGCUUUUAGGAAAAGGAAAGCAUGUCUGCUUAUCCCAAAUGCAAGUAUAAUAAGGCAAACAUCUUAAUUAUAACUUGCGCGGAAAUAAGGCUUAACUAAUAUGAGCUUCACAUAAGAUGGGUAACCCGACCUUGAAUGCCAAAUCAUUGUCAUAGCGAGCUUUCCACCAACAUGAAAACUUGUGGCUCCAGAACACCACACUACUGCAAAUAAUAUAACCUAUCUUUGACCUUAAUUAUCCCAACCAUUCUCUGGAGCAGAUGUCCUGAAUAAUGCAGAUGACAAUAGAAGAUCAAAGCCAAAUCGUGAUCCUUAUUUAACCAAUUAACAAAUAACAAGUUACAGCAAAAAUCAGACUCAUGAAGUACACAGUCAAGUCAAUGACCAGUUGGAAGAACAAACGUUCGUACUACACACACAUGAAUACUCAUACCAUUGAUAUCUUAACCGGACCACUAAUACCAUGCGAACUACUAGGUUCAAAUAAAGAUACAUCAUGAACUAUGUGCUCAUUACACCCAUAAUCAAUUAAACAAUCACCUUGUGUAUGAAGCUUACCAACCAUAUUCGUGGUUGGACCAUUGAAGGAUUCUGGAUGCAAACUUAGCAGUAAUUUAAGUUAUUGAAAUUAACUGAAUUGAGGCUCUGAUGGGACUCUUGGCUGCCUCUACAGUGGCAGCGUGAGAUACCUUUAUUCCUCCGUCAUGAUCCUUAUCACGAUAGCUCUUCUUAUACUUUCCUUGGUCCAAGGGAUAUCCAAUUUACCUAUAACAUGAUUCAAUUGCAUGCCACCUUUUUCACAAUGAUUAUAAUGUUGCCACUUUUCAUAAUCUUUUCACCACGUGAAAUGAAAACUGCUACUUCAACAAUGAAAUGACAACUAGAGGUACUGUGAAACUUUUAUUCUUCGUUCGAAACAAGAUUGUAUGCUUCAUUCAAAUCCGACAUAAGUUUGUGAGACAACAACUGAGAUAGAAUAUUAUUAAGAUGAUCGUCCAAGCCCAUGAGGAAAUAAAAAAUUCGAGUUAUCUCCUAAUAACCUCUAACCUACUUAUUCCAAUUGCAUGUAAACUUCCCGCAUUCACAUCACGAAUGCAACUUUGUGUAGAAUGCGAAAAUGCUCAACUUAUCUUGACGAGGCUGGUUAAUGGCUCAUCGAAGCUCAUAAGCUAGUGAAACGAAAACCUUAUCAAACUUCUCUUCUAAGUCCACCUAGAUGUCUUGACCUGACAUUUGUAGGAACUUCUUUGUUCAUAGAUGUAUUUAGCCAACCCUUAAUCAUGGCAUCACAAACAAUCCCAUGCCUUAACAUCAAUACCCUCAGCUGUUAGCAAUAUCUCCCCAAUCACAAACCGUAUCUCGUUCUUUGUGAUGGGGGAAUUUGUCAUGUCGGCAACCCACUCAUUGGAAUUCUAGUUUGUAACUCUUUCUUCAACGAACAUUUGUCUAGUAUUGUCGACAUGAUACUAAUAAAGCAGAGAUGAAGUAUCAACACUGCUGCCCCAGACGAACCCAUGAUAUUUUCUAUUUUUCAUCGCCACUACCCAUGAAUUCGUAGGAUAAGAAAAGUGAUGCGAUUUAGAAACGAUCACAUCUCUGAUAUCAUGAAGAAUCAAUUUGCACAAAAAGUAAAUAACAUUUUGAUUUACGUGAUUCUCGUUGAUCGAUGUGAUCGACCUUAAUACACAGAGAACGAUCUCAAGUUUUGUUAUUAGUCUAUGUUAUGAUUGUUAUAACCCUCCACCUCGUACACUGGUACCCAAUGCAAUUAGGAUAUAAUCAAUAACCAACGUCGGAGCUCAAAUUUGGAGGGGUUCUCUCCCUUCUCUCUUCUUUCUCUCUCCUUCUGACCUUGUAGACAUUUUCUUCUCGACGGCAUGGCCGCACCGGAGCCGGCAAAUUAGGCUCAUCUGUUUGGCGUUGGUGAAGGAAAUCGCCUUCUCUAUGCUGUGUCGAAUCUGGUCGAUGGUGAUCUAGUCAUCCCCAGGGCGGUUCGCGGUGAAGGGGUAGCUCGUUGGCAAAAUACCUUGGUGCAACAAAUCCUCUCGGCGACACCUCCAAUUGCUAACAUCGUCGUUGGGCUCGGCGGUUUGGGGUAGAUAUGGUAGGGUUUUUGUCUUAGUUUUCGGUAUAAAUAUGUUUUUGUUUCAAUUUGAGAAUGCGGCGACGAGUACUUGGAUGUUCGAAAAUGGGCCUUGGCAUUGUGAGAACAUUACUCUUUUCCUUCGUAAGUGGGUUUCAGGGAUUUAAUCAGUGAAGAUGGAUUGCACUAAGUUGCCGAUUUGGGUGCGUAUUCAUGAAUUGCCAUUGGAGUAUAUGACAGUGGAGGGUUUGAGUAGAGUUGCAAGCUUGCUGGGUACACCUCUUUGGAUGGAUCAAGCAACUAGGCUUGGGGCUUAUAUGGCUACAACGAAAUUGUGUAUUGAGAUGGACGCAGAUUGUCCUUUUUCAUCUGAACUUCAGAUUCAUCCUAAAGGUGAGGAGAGGUUAACCCUGUUUAUCCAUUACUUCUAUAUCCCAGAUAGAUGUGAGCAGUGUGUUGAUUUUGGACAUAAGGUGGGGGAAGGUGUAGAGUGUGGGAAAAUGUACAGUGAGCAGCUGGUUGUUGUUGGAGUUGAUUUUGUUAUCAGUGAAGGUGUUGGUGCUAAAGGCAAGGAUAAGAUAGUUGAACCUGAGCCUCUUAUUCCUACCACUUCAGGUGCCUCUGGUAGUUUUGGGGUGGUGGCAGUAGAUCCUCAAGUUGGGUUGGGUAGCUCAAAAGUGGGAGGUCAGAUUACUGUGACUGCAGCUAGCUCCUCUACUAAAUCAAGGGACGGUUUGAUUGAUGCAGAUGGGUUUCAAUUGGUGGUAAGGAAGGGAAAGAAUGAUUCUACAGGUUGUGAGCAAGGAAGUAAUGUGCAUAUUCCAGCUUCAGCUGUUCUGUCAAGAGUUCCGCUGAACUCAAAGAGUAUCAAACUUGUAGUUCCUGCUUCUCCCAAGAAAGGUGGAAAGAACAAGAAGAGAGGGAAAUGAAGUUAUUCUGCUGGAAUCUCAGGGGGGUUUAAUGCCUCGAGGAAACAUAGAUAUGUGAAUAAACAAGUAGCUAGGUUACAAAUAGAGUUGUUUUCAGUUUUGGAGACUAGAGUCCUCAAGAAUAAUGUUGAUGAUAUAAUAAACAAAUAGUUUAGUAGUUUGAAACACUUUAAUAAUUACAAGUAUUCUCAAUCAGGUUGGGUUUGGUUAUUUUGGAAACCAUAUUUGAAAGUGAGUGAGGUUGAUAUGGGUGAGCACUUUAUUAGUGUUAGGGUUGCAUCUGGUACUGAAACUUGUUUGAUUAUAGCUAUCUAUAGCCCUAACAAAACAAGUGGUAGGGCAGUGCUUUAUGAUGAGUUGCGAAGGCAUGGGGUGGAUGUUGAGCCUGAGAUAUUUUUUGGGACUUUAAUGCUAUCACAAACAGUAAUGAGGGCUCUGAUGAUCCUGGUUUUAUUCAGAGUAUGUUUGAUUUCAGGCAAUGGAUAUUGGAUACGAAGCUAAGAGAUCACAAGACUACUGACUCGUGGUUUACUUGAUAGAGCUUUAGUUACUGAGAAAUGGUUGGAUGUUUUUCCUCAUAGCUUGGUACAAACUAUUGCCCCAGGGGUAUCAGAUCAUUGUGCUAUCUAUGUCCAAACAAAUUCUGGUGUCUCCACUUGGCCGAAGCCUUUCAAAUUUUUCUUGUUUUGGUGGCAGCAUCCUCAAUAUAGUGAAAUUUUAAAGGAAGCAUGGCAAGUUGGGGCCAAUGGAGUACCAUAUUGUAUUUUGUACAAGAAGUUGAGGGAGUUGAAGGUGAAGCUUAAGAGUUUUAAUCGAUUUGUCUAUUAUGAUAUUUCAGUUAGAACGCGAGAAGCAGAAAUGUAGUUGGAGUUAAUGCAUACCAAUAUUUUGUCAGACCCCACAUAGUUUAACUCUCGAGAUGUGUUGGAUUAGGAGAGGGUGUGUCGGGAGUUGCAGGACGCUGAGGAAUCCUUCUACAAGUAGAAUUCGAGGGUUCAGUAGAUUACUCAAGGUGAUGCUAAUACAAGGUUUUUUCAUAGUAUGGUUAAAGCAAGGAAUCAUAGACAAACUAUUCAAAAGCUUGUUACUGAUGAUGGGGUAGUGGUUACAAAAGUGAAGGAGAUGAAAAGGUUGGUAGUGGAUUUUUAAAAAGGGCCAUUAGGGAAGGUUGAUCCAAAUGUUCAACCAUUUUCGACUGAGUUCUUUGUUGAGUUGCAGGUUAAUAAGCUGCAAGCAGAGAAUGCAGAAUGCUUGACUACUCCGGUUACGAGAGAGGAAAUAAAACAAGUAUUUUUAGUAUGGGGAAGGAUAAAGCCCCAGACCCUGAUGGUUAUGUUGCAGAAUUCUUAAAGUUGGAUUGGGAGGUUGUUGGUGCUGAUGUGGAGAAUGUUGUUCUGGAUUUCUUCAAAUCUGGUGUCAUCCCUAGACAGUCAUCUCUCUCAUUCCUAAGUUUCCCUUCUUUUUUUUACAACUACCCCUAAGUUUCCCAUUGUUGAAAGAAUGAAAGAUUUCCGCCUAAUAUCUUGUUGUAAUGUGAUUUACAAGGGCAUUUCUAAGUUGCUUUCAAACAGAUUAUCGAUGGUUUUGCCCAAAUUAAUUGGAAGAGGUCAGUCUGCUUUUGUGAAAGGCAGACUAAUUAGUAAUAUCCUAAUGGCAACUAAACUUGUUAAGGACUAUCAUAGGAGCAGAAUCUCCCUUAGGAGUGUACUUAAGAUAGACUUGACGAAAGCCUUUGAUUCUGUUGAUUGGAAGUUUCAUUUCAAAGUUAUGUACGAUAUGGGUAUGCCACUUAGCUAUGUUAAGUUGGUCGAAGCUUGUGUAACUACACCUAUGCUCAGUGUGUCUUUUAAAGGAUGAUUGUGUGGGUACUUUUCGGCAGCUUAAGGAUUAAGGCAACGGAAUCUAUUAUUGUCAAAACAGAAGCGUGCAAUCGAUAAUCCAGAUCAACACAUACGAACACAAAUUUAACGUGGUUCACUAACACAAUGUGUGCUAGCUAAUCCGCGAGCAGGGGAGAACAAAUUUCAUUAAUUUGAGGAGAGUACAUGUUACAAACCAAAUUCUGGAACGUACAAACCAAACACACUAACCUGACUGACAAAGGGUGAUGAAGAGUAUUUAUAGAACUUUUCUCGUAAUCCCAAAUAGAAAAUUAAACACCUUUUUCCAAACGCACAAGGAAUAGGUCAAACAAAGCCCAAACACAAACCCAAACAAAAUAGGCCCAAACACAAAACAAACCCAAAUCAAAUUCAAGUCAUAUUCUAACAAUCUCCACCAUGACUUGAAUUCUCUCUCAAAUACCAGAUGUACCAGACGCAACCAAAGUUGCCAGAUGUACCCAGAUGCGAUACAUAUCGCCAAAUUUACCCAGAUGCGAUCGAAACCGCCAAACUCAAAUGCGAUGCAAAUCGCCAAACUUAGAUGCAAUCAAAAUUUCCAGACGUACCAAACUCCUCCAAAUCAGCUGUACCAGAAUCUCCCCUGCCUCCAAAUGCCCCUAAGGGCGGUUAACAAAUCAAAACAUGCAGCAAGUCCAACCCAUGUUGGGACUUGCCAUGCAGAACCAACUUGGUGUUAUUUUCGGCCAUAACACCAACAUCAAAUUUACUGCUAAGUCCAAACCAGGUACUCCAACUUGCAAUUGCGGGCUUUGCUAAACCCACAAACCAAAUUUGGAGAAAAACUGAAGGGCUUCCUCGGCCAACCCCAAAUCGUAGACUACCUCCUGAUAUCGCAACAAUCACCACGAUCCCUUUGCCUGACCAACCAACCAGGCUCUGAUACCACUUGUCAGAAAAGAAGCGUGCAAUCGAUAAUCCCGAUCAACACAAACGAACACAAAUUUAACGUGGUUUGCUAACAAUGUGUGCUAGCUAAUCCACGAGCAGGGGAGAACAAAUUUCACUAAUUUGAGGAGAGUAAGGGUUGCAAACCAAAUUUCGGAAUGGACAAACCAAACAAACUAACCUGCCUGGCCUUACUACAGACUAGGGUGAUGAAGAGUAUUUAUAGAACUCUUCUCCUAAUCCCAAAUAGAAAACUAAACACCUUUUUCAAACUUACAAGGAAAAGAUCAAACAAAGCCCAAACACAAACCCAACCAAAUAGGCCCAAACACAAAACAAACCCAAAUCAAAUUCAAGUCAUAUCCUAAUAAUUAUCCCCUUACCUUUUUACUAUAGCAAUCAAAGUAUUUUCAUGUCUUCUUGCUCAAGCAGUAAAGGCUAAGCAAAUACCAUUUCAUCCCCAUUGUAAAGGCCUAGAGAUCACACACCUUUGCUUUGCAGAUAAUUUUUUGGUGUUUACAAAUGGGACAUCUCAAGCUAUUCCUGGGGUACAACAAGUCAUCACCUUCUAUGAAGUCUCAGGUUUAAAAUCUAAUCCGCAGAAGUGUCAACCGUUUUGUACUAGGGACUCGCAUGAUGAAAAGCAAGCUCUUUCUGGUUAGUUUGGGUUUUCUUUGGGGGAGCUACCUGUUCGAUAUCUGGGAGUGUCGCUUCUGUCAGGUAAACUGACUUAUGCAGACUGUGAAUGCUUGGUAGACAAAAUUUUAUAACAGAUUAAUACAUGACAUGCCAUUUCAUUAAGUUACUCAAGAAAACUGUAGUUGAUAGAAUCUAUUGUCACUUGUCACCAGUCUAUUCCAGUAUUGGAUGUCAGUGUUUUGCUUCCUGUUAAGGUUCUUAAGCUGAUUGAAGAAGCUUGUAAUAAGUUUUUGUGGUGUGUGGAUUGUGCUAAAAGGAAGAAAGCUCUUGGUGCUUGGUCGAAAGUUGCAAUAUUAAGGCGAGAAGGGGGUUUGGGCAUUCAAGAUUUCAAGACUUGGAAUAAGGCUUGCGUGAUCAGACAUUUAUGGAAUUUGUUAGUUGCAGCUGGCUCGUUGUAGGUAGCGUGGAUGCAAAGGUAUCGAGUCAAAGGAAGAAACAUCUGGUCUCUUCCUGUCAGUACAGUUAGUACUUGAAUUUGGAGGAAGGUUCCCAAAUGUCGAGGUCUGACGCCACAACACAUAUCUGGUUCAGGUGACACACUGGCAUGGGAUUGAGUCACUAUAGCUAAAUACUCAGUAAAGCUUGUCUGGGAAUCAAUCAGAGUUCCCUCCCCCAAGGUUACAUGGUAUCAUGAUGUCUGGGGUAAGCCAAUCUUUCUGAAACAUAGUGUGAUGUUGUGGCUUAUUGUAUUAGACAUAAUCAAAAUGAAAGACAAGUUGGUUGAAUGGGGGUUCAUUGUGAUCUUUGUUGUGCACUUUGUCGUGAAGGUAUUGAAAGUAGGGAUUAUUUGUUUGGGGCCUAUGCUUUUGGUUCUGCAGUUUUGAAGAAAAGUGUUGCAAAAGGUCAGUGUCUGGUCUGAAUUUGGGGAUUGAAAUUCGCAGUUGGCUUGGGCUGAACAGCAAUGGAUGCAGUCAAAUGAUGCAGCUGCGGUUGGGAGGCUCUUAUGAAUUAUGGGUAUCGGUUUUAUCUGGCGAGAAAGGUAUGCUCAGUCAUUUGUAUGGUACCACGGUAGCUCUCUCCCCAAAUCAAGUUUCACUCAAGCUAUUGAAGGAGUUUGUUGUGUUUUUCUCUUACGAGAGUUUGAUGGUUGUAAUUACGAGUUGGCAUUUGAGAGGGAGUUUUUGCAAGUUGCAACUCCCCGAGCUUCAAUAGAAUUUUUGAUUAAUC